AAGAGUAUAAGUUUGAUAUUGUUUAUGAUGAUAAUAAUACCAAUGCUGAUGAAGAUGAUGAAGAGAGUAUAUUAGUAAUAAUACCUAAAGAUGAUAAUGCAGCUCAAUCGAUUUUCACUAAAACUCAAAUUGAAAAAUUUCAUAAAAUUUGA